GUUCUGGAGUGACAUUGUGUUGCAUGUUGUGUAUUUGAUUAACAGACUCCCUUCUACUGUUCUUGAGAACAAGUCCCCGUAUGAGCUUUUGUAUGGUAAAGCUCCAAACCUGAAUGGCUUAAAGGUUUUUGGAUCCCUUUGUUAUGCUUCUUCUUUGCAUAGGGACAGAACCAAAUUUGAUUUCAGGGCCAGGCAAUGUAUAUUCCUUGGUUUUCCUGCAGGGAUUAAAGGCUUCAAGCUUUUUGAUAUCAAUUCACACUCUUUCUUUGUUUCCAGAGAUGUGAUUUUCUAUGAAUCUAUUCUCCCCUUUCACUCUACUCCUUCUUCUAUUUCUACUCCCGAUUCAUCUUUCCCCAUGACUACAGAAUCCAUCCUACCACAUUUCUCUUCUACUUCACCAACUCCAUCUGUUUCACCAAUUCUUCCUAAUUCCCCACCUUCAUCUCCACUUCAGCCUACAAACUCUACCACACCUUCUACUUCUUCUACUAUUCCUUCUACCUCUUCCACACUGCCUGUUGUCUCUGAGGAAAUUCCUCAUGCAAUCAGUUUGCAUUUUGAGGGGGAGGAUAGUGAGAUUGAAGUGUUUCCUAAGUAGAAUGACACAGAUGAAGCUAAAUUUUUAAGAAAGUCAAGUAGAACUCGUACUGUACCAGUUAGGCAUAAAGACUAUCAUGUCAGCAUGGACUUUUUCUACUAUUCCUUCUACCUCUUCCACACUGCCUGUUGUCUCUGAGGAAAUUCCUCAUGCAGUCAGUUUGCAUUCUGAGGGGGAGGAUAGUGAGAUUGAAAUGUUUCCUGAGUAGAAUGACACAGAUGAAGCUAAAUUUUUAAGAAAGUCAAGUAGAACUCGUACUGUACCAGUUUGGCAUAAAGACUAUCAUGUCAGCAUGGCUGCAUCAACCUCUAAGCACCACAUUUUUCAUCAGGUUGGCUAUGAUCAUUUGUCUGCUUCGCAAAGAGCUUUUGCUCUUAGUGUUUUGUCCAUACAAGAGCCCUCAUCUUAUGCUGAGGCUUGUAAGGAUCCUAGAUGGAAUCAAGCCUGUAAAGAGGAAAUCUAUGCCUUGUAUGAAAAUCAAACAUGGGAAUUGGUCAAGCUACCACCAGGGAAGAAACCUAUAGGUGCAAAGUGGGUGUUUAAGGUGAAAUAUAGGUAUGAUGGUACAAUUGAAAGGUUCAAAGCCAGGCUAGUUGCUAAGGGUUAUACUCAGAUCUAUGGGAUUGAUUUUCUUGACACCUAUUCCCCAGUAGCUAAGAUUAAUUCAGUCAAAAUUCUGUUAGCAGUGGUUGUCUCUAAGGAUUGGCACAUUCACCAGAUGGAUGUGUCCAAUGCCUUUCUUCAUGGAGACUUGGAGGAGGAAGUGUAUUUGGAAAUUCCACCUGGAAUUGAUGUUCCUAGGGAUUCAGGUCUUGUUUUUAAGCUUAAGAAAUCCUUAUAUCACCCGAAACAGGCAAGCAGACAGUGGUUUGCAAAGCUCACCAGUGCAUUGUUGAAAAAUGGUUAUUCACAAAUAGCCUCUGAUUACUCAAUGUUUGUGAGAUGGAUUCAGGGAAGAGUGGUGGUGGUUCUUGUUUAUGUUGAUGACAUUCUUAUUGCUGGGAGUUAUCUUGGGGACAUAGAACAAUUGAAGAAGUUUCUGAGUAAAGAAUUCAAGGUUAAAGACCUUGGUCAAUUGAGUUAUCUCCUGGGACUGGAAGUCAUUAGAGAUCACAAGGGGAUCUCAGUCAGUCAAAGGAAAUAUUGUUUGGAAUUGCUUGAUGAUACGGGUUUUGUAGAAGCAAAAGGUUGCUUGUCACCUGUUGAUUGCAAUGUUAAGCUUUCUGUAGAUCAAGGAGAGUUGAUGGCAGAUCCUGGAGUCUACAGAAGACUGAUAGGAAGACUGCACUAUCUCACCAUUACAAGGCCUGAUGUGGCCUAUGUUCAACAGCUAGCUCAAUUUCAAGUUGCCCCUUGUGUUGAGCAUUUACAAGCAGCACACAGAGUCAUUAGAUACUUAAAACAAACUCUUGGUAAGGGUUUAAUUUUCAGGGCAGAUUCAAAACUUGAACUAUCUAGCUACUGUGAUGCUGACUGGGCAAGUUGUCCAGAUUCAAGGAGAUCUCUCACUGGCUACUGCACCUUCUUAGGGACUUCAUUGAUCAUCUGGAAGACUAAGAAAUAGACUACAGUCUCCAGAUCUUCCUCUGAGGCUGAGUAUAGAGCUUUAGCUCAGGUUGUUUGUGAAGUGCAGUGGUUAAGAAACCUCUUGACUGAAAUGGGAGUUAAGGUACCCUUACCAAUCCCUCUCUUUUGUGACAACAAAUUUGCUAUGCACAUUGCUGAAAAUCUCGUGUUUCAUGAAAGAACAAAACAUAUUGAGAUUGAUUGCCAUGUUACAAGAGAAAGGUUGAAGUCUGGUUUGAUCAAACGGUUCCAUGUAAGGACUGAUGACCAAGUUGCAGAUUUGUUCACCAAAGGCAUGACUCGUUAUAGAUUGAAGUUCUUGUUGGACAAGCUGGGAGUGUGCAAUGCUUACUCGCCAGCUUGUGGGGGAGUAUCAAGUGAAUCAGAAGAAGAUGAUGGUCUGCAGAAAUGAAGGAAGCUCUGCAGAGUUGAAUGAAGAAGAAAUCUCACCCAGAAACGUUUCGUUUCUGGUUCCCUCCACUCAACUUGAACGAAGAGGCAAAGCGGUGUCGUUUGUGGAGUCUCGGGUUUUACCAUUGAGUGGACUGUUACCGUAGCGAAUAGAGGAGAGGCACGUGUCGUUUACUUUACUGUCAAUUUGAAUUUCUGUUUAUCUUUUCUUCUUCUGAGUUUGUAACGUGAAGAACACAGUUCUGUUUACAUAUAUAAAUCAAAGGCAGAGAGCAGAUGCUUCUCUUGCGCGUUUCCCAUUUCUGUGUCGCAUUUUUCUUCUUCUGCUUAACCUUAGCUCAGCUAGUUUGAUAACUCCCACUGCCGCAGCUGUGGCGGCGGCAACUUCUUCUUCUUCGAAACCACAAUAUCAAAAAUCAAACCUUUUAGUUACCAUGAUCUGAUUGUUCCACUAGAAGAUUCUUUAUCAUAAUGUUACUACUAGCUUUACCUCCCAAGUUGGAUAGAUCAGCAGUUAGAUAUGAGAGACUAAUGUUCCACUGAAUAUGAUCAAGUGAUCUGGACCCUCCAGCACCUCAGUCGGUGGACAAUCAGCGCUGCUUAGGUUUAGGAAUUUAAUAUGAAUAUUUUUUAUUUUUUAUUUAUUUUUAAUAGUAGUGAUAAUGAGGUAGAAUCUUUAAAAUUAAUUUUAUUUUUUAUUUUUCACGUCAUACAUUUAACAGUCAACUUUGAGAGUUGACUGCACAUCAGACAAAGUUAACGAAGUUGGACGGAGAUUGACCAACUAAAGUUAGUGACCACGAAAUAAAUUAAAUAUUUUUAAUGACCAAACAUGAACUUUUUUAGUAAUAUCAGUGACCAAACUUGUCAUUUAUCCGAUUUUCCCCUAUAGAAAAUAGGUUACAACAAGUUAAAUAAACUCUGCAAUGCACGUGUACUUGCUACAGCUUGCCCCGCUUUCAAUUUUUAAAAAUUUCAGAAGGUUUCUUUCCAAAGAAUUAAGAAUGUUUACUUCAUUUGACUAAGAUUUUUAUAUAUGUGGCUUGCAUCAUUCAAACACUGUUUAGACAUUCUACAAGAUUCCCAAGCCAGUUUGGACUUACACUAAAACAACUACAAAACUGUUUAGACAUUCUACAAGAUUCCCAAGCUAGUUUGGACUUACACUAAAACAACUACAAAACUCGGUUUUAAAGACAAAUCUAUACAAUAAAUAAAAGUCAAAUGAGAAAACUUGAAGUCUCAUUCUAAAUUUCCUGCAUCCAGCGUGAAAGUAGGAAGGACAUUUUGGUAUUCACAAUUACUUUUUUUAUUCAUUAAAAAGACACUUACAAUGAUUCGAACCAUGACAACUUUAAAGAAAAGCAAAGAUCGUAACCAAUCACUCUAAGUACAUUUGUUGUAUCUUUUUAAAUUAAAAACAUAUAAUCGCAGAGAGGAAAAAACUCUUCCCUCAUUUCAAAUUCCCUGCUCCAGGAGCGUUUGUAGGAAGGAUAGAAUAAAGAGUGUCAAAUUUU